UGAGGGCGCAUGCGCCCGCCUGGCUACGCCUUAGCCUUCUCGGCUCUCGCCGCCCCGUGCGCCUUCCUCCGCGGCCGGCAGGUUGUGCUUCCGGCGCGAAGGUCAGGGGCAAGAUGGUGCCUCCGGUGCAGGUCUCUCCGCUCAUCAAGCUCGGCCGCUAUUCCGCCCUGUUCCUCGGCAUGGCCUACGGAGCCUCGCGCUACAGUUACCUGAAACCUCGGGCAGCAGAGGAGAGGAGGAUAGCAGCAGAAGAGAAAAAGAAGCAGGAUGAACUGAAACGGAUUGCUCGAGAGUUGGCAGAAGAUGACAGCAUCUUGAAGUGAGAGUCUCUGUGAACCUGCUUUUCCUGCAACAGUAGUGGAUGAAUAAAACUUCCUGUGUAGUGUGGUACUCGACGCCCUCA